GGUCGCGCCUACCAUUUCGCCAGGGCAUUCCCACGCGCCCGGCGACCGUGUCUCCUCCCUCCUCUCCUCCUCUCCUCGGCUCCGCUCGCCACGCACGCUGCGGCAGCUACUUAACCCUCGCACCAUCGCCAUCCCCACAUCUAAUUGCCCGCGCGAACGCCAAGCCUGGCUUAACUUCCGAGCACCGGCAGCCGCAGUAUAUAAGAAAGUUCGUGAGUUGUGACGACCACACCAACCAACCCGUACCAGCAACCGCGUCGACGGGCUGGUACUGCUCCUCCUACUAUUACAGGAAGGCCGGCGCCAUCGCCGAGGACGCCCAGCUCGGCGAAUCAUUCCGUCCAUGGCUUGAUUGUCUGCCCGUAUAACAGCAAAGCGAUCCAAGGUUCCUAGCCAGCUCCACGGUCGCGAGAAAGGUACCGACAGGUCGUGCUGUUGAUUCAUUACUAGGUGGGAGGGAGCGAAGCAAAGGGCAUACCAUCGACCGACCGAUGGUUGCGCACAAGGCGGCCUCGUGGCUGCCCGUGGACUUCCGGCUGCCGGCGGUGCCGCAGGCGGCGCUGGGCAUACUGGCGUUCGAGGCGGGGGCGGCCAUGUCCAAGCUGCUCUCGCUGCACCGCUCGCUCUCGGAGCAGGAGGUCUCCCGGCUGCGCUCCGACGCCAUGCGCUCGCCGGGGGUGGCCUACCUCAACUCCACCGACCAGGCGUUCCUCCUCCGGCUGGCGUGCGCCGAGCUGGUGCUGUCGCUCGACGCCGCGGCAGCCGCCGUCGCGCGCCUCGGCCUGCGCUGCGGCAUCGACUUCGCCGGGGUGUACGCGAGCAUCAAGGCCGGCGCGCACGACGCGCGCCUCGACCUGCUCGCCGCCAAGGGGCUCAAGGUCAAGGCCAAGAAGAUGGAGCGCCUCGUGGCCGCCACGUCCAAGCUGUGCUCCGAGAUGGAGGCGCUCGACGAGCUCGAGUCCGCCGAGCGGAAGCUCACCGUCCGCGGCUGGAGCCGCCUCAGCGGGCCGAUACCGCAGAAGCUCGCGGACCCGCCGCAGGCCGGCGACUCGAUGGGCGCCGACUCGCUCAAGCAGGAGAUCAAGACGCAGCUGCUCAAGGUGCGGCGGCUCAAGGAGGAGUCCCUGUGGAGCCAGAGCUACGAGAAGGCCGUGGGCCUCAUGGCGCGCGCUGCCUGCGCCGUGUUUGUCCGCAUCUGCGCCGUCUUCGGCCAGUUCGUGCCGGGGCUUCCGCCGCCGAUGCCGUCCACCUCCGCCGAAAGCGUCCAGACCAGGCUGUCCAAGCUGCUGAUGAGCCCGCGGACGGGGAAGACAAAGGCGUCGUCGGGGCCGAUCACGCGGCGGGAGCGGGAGGGGGCGGGGGCGCCGUCCCGGGUGCACCCGCCGAUGCAGCAGCUGAGCAGCUCGUGCCCGAUCAUCGGCCAGAGGCCGCUGUCGGGGCAGAAGGGCGGCGUGGACUGGCGCAAGCUUCUGGACCCGCCGGCCAGCACGGUGGGCGGCGCGGGGCUGGACCAGCAGUACGCGAACGUGAUCGUGUCGGCGGAGGAGCUGCUGCAGAUGGAGGCGGAGGGGCGGCAGGAGGAGGCGAACGCGGAGCGGGCGGAGAUGUACGAGAUGCUGCCGGGGAAGCUCCGCGCGGCGGUGCGGUCGAAGCUGCGCGACUGGUGGCGGGACCCGGGGCCGCUGGACGCCGGGCUGGCGGAGGGGUGGAAGGAGGCGGUGGAGCGGAUCAUGGCGUGGCUGGGCCCGAUGGCGCGCGACACCGUGCAGUGGCAGUCGGAGCGGAACAUGGACCGGACGCGGCGGUUCGACGGCGGCACGCGCGUGUACGCGCUGCAGACGCUGCGGUGGGCGGACAAGGACAAGGCGGAGGCGGCGAUCGUGGAGGUGCUCGUCGCGCUGAGCUGCGUCUGCUGGUACGAGGAGCGGCGGCGCGGCUCCGUGCGCGUCAGCUGAUCGCCGUCGGAAGCCGUUCAACGACGGCGCCAUGGCAUGGCACACACACCUUGUCCAAAGCCCAUUCUUUUCUUGUCUUCCUUCUUUGGUUCGUUUGUCAAAGCAAUUGAUUUGAGGAGUUGAAUUUUUUGGAGGGGUUGGUGUUAGAUCGUCAGGGGUUAGUGGCCACGCGUUAGUAGCAGCGAUAGUGGACUGUAGCAGCAGUAAUCGUUCUGUAGUUUGAAAGUUUGGAGGGAGAAAGAAGCCACGGUCCAGUGGUCGUUGGUUACUUCACUGUCAAUGGCGUCAGGCUGGCAUGACAGGCCGGUCUCACGCCGGUGACAGCGAGCGUCCGGUGUAUAAGUUUGUCUGAUUUGUACGUACAAUGAAUACACGAUUGAUUCUUUGAAA